AUGCCGGACACAGGCUCGUCAACUGCGGCCUGUGUGGUGGCCGCCUUGCGGAAAAGCAGGCAGUGUCGCCUCCCCGACCAUGCGACGUCAACAGUGGCAGAGGUAGCAGGCCUCCACCUGGCUGUGGACUUACUCGCAGAGGAGCUGCAAGCGACCCCAGUGACCAUCUACUGCGACUCCAAGGCGGCACUUCUCAGCCUGCAGAGGCCGGAAAGGGCCUGCCUUGGGGUCGCCCUGCUCUCGACAAGGCUGAUGGCGCUCCAGAAGGCGGGCUGCUCAGUGUCCCUGCACUGGCUACCAGCCCACAUAGGGAUACCGGGCAACGAGGAAGCUGAUGCACUGGCAAAGCGUGCACACCACUGCGUGGUCCCGCCCAGCCGGGCAGUGACAGUCCAUGAUUUCACAAGCCACAGGCUUCGUCGCCAUCUGCUGGCCUGUCAUCCGGACAAGCGGAUAUUCUUGGGUCGCCCUCCGCGACCACUUGCACAGCGCGGCCUCGCACGCAGGGAGACCUCUCUCCUUCUGCAACUGAGGAUUGGCUGCUGUUGGACGGUUGCUCACCGCCGCCGGCAUGGCCUCAUCACCUCUCCAGCCUGCGCCUCCUGUGGGGAGCCCGAGACCCUGGAGCACCUCCUGCUGGCCUGCCCUACUUAA